AUGCCGUCAAACUCUCGUCGACCGCAUUCGUCAUUUUCCCUGCGCGACGAGUCAAAAAAAAAGUAAUCCAGUGGUGGCUUGCAGCUUCUUUUAUCGCGAAAAACCCCUGAAAUAACCGUCAGAAUCGUUUGUAUCCGGACCCCAGCCGGUAGCUGACCAUCGCGGCCAACGAUGGAGUCUGAAAAUGUGGCGGACGUUUCCAUCGAGAAAAAGUCGGCUUCUCGGGAAGUGAGUCCUAGCGGAAGUGGCGCCGGAUCUCCGAGGAAGUCGCGUUCGCGGUCUCGUUCCGUAUCACAGGCGGGAAGUCGUUCCGGUGGCAGUCGCAGUCCAAGUGCCGAAAAGGAAGCCAAGUCCCGGUCGAGGUCCCGUUCCAAGAGCAAGGAAACAUCCCGUAGUCCCAGUCCAGCCAGGUCUCGGAAGUCCCGAUCACGCAGCGGAAGUGCCGACGUAGUGAACGAAAGUGCAGAUUCGGGACGGAGAUCGAAAACACCGGAAGAGAGUCCGGUUAAGAAUGGUGACCGGUCCCGGAGUGGUUCGCCGGUGGCGGAAAGGAAAAGCCGCAGUCGCAGCGUAGGUUCCAAUCGCUCGAAGCGAUCGCGUUCGAAGAGCGCGGAGAAAGAUGCGGCCAAAUCAAAGUCCAGAUCCAGAUCGCGGUCCAAAUCCGGAUCGCGCUCGAAAAGCCGCUCCCGUUCAAAGUCCGGCAGUCGGUCCAAGUCCAGAUCGAAGUCCCCCGCGCGGGCUAAGUCCGGAUCGCGAUCGAAGUCACGAUCCCGAUCCGGGUCCAGAUCCAAGUCCCGUUCGAGAUCCCGAUCUAAAUCACGCUCACGGUCAAAGUCCCGUUCGAGAUCCAAAUCCAGAUCGCGUUCGCGAUCCAAGUCUGGAUCCCGAUCGAGAUCGAGGUCACGCUCGAGAUCCGGUUCCCGGUCGAAGUCACGCUCGCGAAGUCGAAGCCGUUCGGGAAGCCGCAGUCGUAGCCGAAGCCGAAGCGGUUCCGCUAGAUCACGUUCCCGCUCCAGGUCCAGAUCUAAGUCCGGAAGCCGUAGUCGCAGUCGCUCCAGAAGUCGCAGCUCGCGUCGUAGUCGCAGCCGGAGUCGAAAGUCCGGUUCCAGAUCCCGUUCCCGAUCGCGUUCCAGAUCGCGAUCGAAAUCCGGUUCCAGAUCGAGGUCCCGCUCGAGAAGUCGCAGUCGCUCCGGAAGCCGUGCAAGUUCGGCCAAACGCAGUCGAAGCCGCAGUCGCAGCUCAGGAAAGUCACGCAGCCGAUCCCGGUCCAGAUCGAAAUCCAGAAGCCGCUCGGGAUCGCCGGUCGUUAAGAAGAAACGCGGCGUGCUGAGUGAUUCUGAAGACGAUGAUGGCGUUGAGAAAACGCCCAAGAAGCGAGCCAAGAUCACCGAUUCCGAUCACGAAGGGGAAGAUCUGGAGGAGGAGGAGCAGGUCCCAGAGGAAGCUAAAGCUGACGAGGGUCAAGAAGAGCCACAAACCAGUACGAUCGUGGACGCGGGAGAUUCGGAAGAUGAAGGAAUCCGCGAGGACGGAGGCGGUGGCGACUUCGUUAAUGACUUCGAGUUGAUGUUGGCCCGUAAAAAGGAAGAAAAGGGCAAACGUCGCAAGCGGAACGACAUCGACCUGAUCAACGAUAACGACGAUCUGAUCGCACAACUGCUGCAGCAAAUGCGUCACGCCGCCGAGGAAGAUCGGCAGCUGAACAAGGAGAACAAACCGGCCACCAAGAAGAUUGCAAUCCUCAAACACGCCAUGUCGCAGCUCAUCAAAAAGGACCUCCAGUUGGCGUUCCUGGAGCACAACGUACUCAACGUGCUGACCGAUUGGUUGGCCCCGUUGCCGAACAAAUCGCUACCCUGUCUGCAGAUUCGGGAAUCGAUUCUGAAGCUUCUCUCGGAUUUCCCCUGCAUCGAGAAGUCCUACCUGAAGCAGUCGGGCAUCGGCAAAGCUGUGAUGUAUCUCUAUAAGCACCCCCGCGAGACCAAGUGGAACCGCGAGCGGGCCGGCCGGCUGAUUUCGGAGUGGGCCCGACCCAUCUUCAAUCUGAGCACGGACUUCAAGGCGAUGACUCGCGAGGAACGCCGAGAGCGAGAGAUGAAGCAGAUGCCCAAAAAGCGCAAAGCCGCACCGGAACAGUCCGGUCAGAGCAGUUCCACCUCCAAGAAGGGAUUGCCGUUCACCGAGGCGGAUAAGGGUGCUCUUCGACCGGGAGACAAAGGCUGGGUGCAACGGGCUCGUGUCCCCAUGCCGUCUGAUAAGGAAUACUUUGUGCGGCCACAGUCGACUAGCGAUGUCGAUAUGAGUCGGAUCACCAAGAAAAAGAUGAACCGCUACGAGCAGCAUCUGAAGAAGUUUAUCGACGCCAAACGGCUGAAGCAAAGUCGGCGAGCCGUGGAGAUAUCCAUCGAGGGUCGGAAGAUGGCACUCUAAGUUCCUCCAGUUCCUCGAAUCGUGUCUCCAUUAAGUGUGUAGGUAAUUUUUGUAAUGAUCAAUCAUGAGUACGACUGGUCAGCCAGCAGGUACGUAUGAUCUUCGUUUGAAAAAUCCUUUUUUCAUUACACAUCAUAGAUAUUUAACUAAGAAUGCUAAAUAGAAACAUCACCAAAACCACCUUGAAUGCGACUAAGAUCCACAGAACUUGACGGUGGCGCUGGUGGUGUCCUAGUAAUUACCGGUAAUUUAAUUCCCUUCCAUCUGGUUGUUAAUUUCGCUGAUUUGAGUUGACGCAUAGAUACAAUGAAGAAGACUUGAUUUUAUGUUUCCAAACUAGACAACAAAAAGAAGCCAGGAUAAUGCAAAUAAAUGCACUGAACUACAUCCAAUUGUAUGUAUCUUGAACAAA